AUGAUACACAUUGGGCCUUCUGAGACAUGGGCCCCACUCUUCCCACGCAAACUCUUCCCACUGCAGCGCAGCUGCAGAACCCAAGCAGCUUUGGCAUAUGUGGAUGAACGGUCCCCUCCGUACCUGGAAGGGCAGCCAGAGCGGCAAACAUCAGAGAACCCUGGUCGGGCUUCUCCGGACCCCGAGGGAGUGUGUGAGGCGGAGACGCCAGUUAUGCUCCAGACCCCCUGGCGCCAGGGCUUGAGCAGGAAUGUACUGUUUCAGGAGCCAGUGACCUUUGAGGAUGUGGCUGUGUUCUUUACCCAGAAUGAAUGGGCCAGCCUGGACCCUGUGCAGAGAGCCCUGUACAGGGAGGUGAUGCUGGAGAAUUAUGCAAAUGUGGCUGCCUUGGGGGGUGAGACCAGAACUGAGAAGGAAGAAUUAACUCCAAAGGAACCUAUUUCUAAAGAAACAGAGUCCCACAGACUGGCCUUGGGAAGGCUGCCAGGGAAUGCUCCCCAGCAUCUUGACUUUGGGAGCAGUCUAGAGCAGCCCCAUAGUCACUGGAUAGUUAAGAAGACAAAGAGGAGGGAUUUCACAGAUGGGUUAGCUGGGCAUCAUGAGGCCUCUGCUGUUGAGAGUGAAGAAAAGUAUAAGAAAUUAAGAAAAAAUGUUAGUGUCAGCAUACGACUCACUACAGAUCAGAUAAUUCCUAGUAGUCAGAUAACUUAUGAAUGUGGAAAAUGUGACAGAUAUUUCAGUCGAAUGGUGGACUUCCACCAACAUCAGAGAUGUCACACUGGUGAAAAAUCUUUUGAAUGCAAAGAAUGUGGAAAAGACUUUAGAUAUAACUCAUUACUUAUUCGGCAUCAGAUAAUUCACACUGGAAAGAAACCAUUUAAAUGUAAAGAAUGUGGGAAAGGUUUAAGUUCAGACACAGCCUUGAUUCAGCACCAGAGAAUCCACACUGGAGAAAAGCCUGAUGAGUGUAAGGACUGUGGCAAGGCCUUCAGUAGCAGCUCAGUCUUCCUUCAGCACCAGAGGUUCCACACUGGAGAGAAACUCUAUGAAUGUAAUGACUGUUGGAAAACUUUCAGUAGUAGCUCAAGCUUCAUUGUCCAUCAGCGAAUGCACACUGGAGAGAAACCCUACAAGUGUAAAGAGUGUGGGAAACGGUUAAGCUCCAACACAGCCUUGACUCAGCAUCAGCGAAUUCACACUGGGGAGAAGCCCUUUGAAUGUAAGGAGUGUGGGAAGGCAUUCAAUCAGAAAAUAACCCUGGUUCAGCAUGAGCGAGUUCACACUGGUGAGAAACUGUAUGUGUGUAAGGUGUGUGGGAAAACCUUCAGCUGGUGCGGAAGAUUCAUUCUGCAUCAGAAAGUGCACACUCAGAAGACACCUGUCCAGACAUAGGGCUAUUCACAGGCUCAUUGUGCCUGUCUUUGUGUUUCCCUAUUUUCUUGCUCUUUGUUAGUGUCCUCCUGUCCUUUCUGGACUGUGCUGACUCUUAACUCUACACCUUUGUUCCCACGGCUCUGCAUAUGUGGAAUGGUCACUUCUCUUCCUGUCCCAGUAGUAUGUUUAAUUCAGACUUUUCACUUCUAUCUAGAAACCUUCCUCAAAUUCACUGUCUGCCCAACAUAAACUCUCUUUAAAGUUAGGAGACAAAAAACAAAAAAAACCCAAAACACAAACCCCCAAACUUACGAACAUAAAAGGAAAUGUAAGUUUCCAGAUUGAAAGGAUACACUGAGUGCUCAGCAAGAUGGAUUGUGGGGAAACCUAUAUUAAAGCACAUCCCUGAAUUAUCAAAA